AAGCGGGGGUUUCUCAGGGAAGGGAUACUGAAUCAACCACAGCAAACUAUCUUGAUGCUAUGGGAAGCCAGGAGGAGAACGAGGCCAACAUGGCUCCAUCAAUGACCUGAAAAUCAAAAAGGGCUUGUACAGAUAGUGGCAGCAGGGACAAAUUUCUGAGGAGUACAGAAGUGCAGUAAGCAAUGGAGAUGUGGCCAUGUAAGCCACGGAGCCGAUAUGCUGUGAAUAGCACUAAUGACAACACGGAAGACCAAGAUGGAGACUCUAGAGAACAAUAUCCUCUAACUGAUGAGCAAUUGGUUUCAGGGUUUUCAGAUAUCAUCCUGGCAACAAUUUUGGCUACCAAAUCAGAUAUGUGUGGCAAAAAAUUUGAGCUGAAGAUUGAUAAUGUCCGUUUUGUUGGCCAUCCUACCUUGCUGCAGCAUGCCCUUGGGCAGGUAUCCAAAACUGAUCCAUCACCAAAGAGAGAGAUGCCCACCAUGAUUCUCUUUAAUGUUGUAUUUGCCUUAAGGGCCAAUGCAGAUCCAUCGGUGAUAAACUGUUUACAUAAUCUCUCUCGUCGAAUUGCCAUAGUUCUACAGCAUGAGGAGCGUCGUUGCCAGUACCUGACCAGAGAGGCCAAGCUGAUCUUAGCCAUUCAGGAUGAAGUAUCUGCCAUGUCGGAAACAGCAGAAGGUCCACAAUCACCUUUCCAUCAUAUUCUACCCAAGUGCAAGCUGGCCAGAGACCUCAAGGAAGCUUAUGACAGUCUGUGUACUACAGGGGUGGUACGAUUGCACAUCAACAACUGGCUUGAAGUGAGUUUCUGUCUGCCUCAUAAAAUCCAUUAUGUUGCAACAAGCUUUAUACCUCCUGAAGCAAUUGAAAGAAGCCUGAAAGCUAUUAGGCCUUACCAUGCCUUAUUACUACUGAAUGAUGAGAAAUCAUUGCUUAAUGAGCUCCCAAUAGACUGUUCUCCUGCUCUUGUGAGAGUGAUUAAAACUACCUCUGCUGUGAAGAAUCUGCAGCAGCUGGCUCAGGAUGCUGACCUGGCAUUACUACAGGUUUUCCAGCUUGCUGCACAUCUGGUUUACUGGGGAAAAGCAAUUAUUGUCUAUCCACUAUGUGAAAACAAUGUCUAUAUGCUGUCACCCAAUGCUAGUGUUUGUCUCUACUCUCCUUUGGCAGACGAUUUUUCCUGUCAGUUUCCUGGCCAUGAUUUGCCAUCUGUGCUUUCAAAGUUCUCAUUGCCAGUUUCCUUAUCAGAGUUCAAGAAUCCACUAGCUCCGCCAGUGCAGGAGACUCAGCUCAUACAAAUGGUGAUAUGGAUGCUCCAACAUCGCCUUCUCAUACAGCUGCACACGUAUGUCUGUCUGAUGGUGCCCCCGAAUGAGGAGGAUUUCCGAGCUCAAGAUGAGGACAUGCCCUUCACUGCUAGAGUUGGAGGCAGAAGUCUAAGCACUCCCAAUGCUCUCAGCUUCGGCUCCCCAACCAGUAGUGAUGAUAUGACUCUCACAAGCCCUAGUAUGGAUAAUUCCAGUGCUGAGCUGAUACCUGGUGGUGACUCCCCAUUGAAUAAACGUAUGACUGAGAACCUGCUAGCAAGUUUGUCUGAACAUGAGCGGGAAGCUAUUCUCAAUGUUCCUGCUGCACAGAAUCCAGAGGAUCUCCGCAUGUUUGCAAGGCUGCUGCAUUAUUUCCGAGGGCGGCACCAUUUGGAGGAGAUCAUGUACAAUGAGAACAUGCGCCGCUCCCAGCUGCUCAUGCUCUUUGACAAGUUUCGCAGUGUGCUGGUAGUGACCAACCAUGAGGACCCAGUGAUUUCAGUCUUUCAGUCCCUUUUGAAAGUCUUGAUUAAGUCAGAGACUUCAACUUUCAAAAACUCCCAUACAGCGCAAGUGGGCUUGCUUUGUGAUUGUUUCAUUUCAAAUGGAGAUACUGCAUUCUCAUCAGCAGUAACCACAGAGUUGGCUGAGAGAUUCCAGAGGAGUUUUCUGAAGAAACUAUGACAGCCAUCCUCUCUGCACAGUGUAGGUAGAAUGUCAGAGCUCAUUUGACAUCCAGAUAGUGAAGUCUCCUCUCCUCACUGAAAGCAGGACGUGUUGGAUAAAUACAGGCAAGUUAACAGACUAAUUUAUGUGCAAGACAGAAGUUAUGUUUAGCAUGAAUUUCAGGUGAAAAGAAACCUCCCUAUAAAAAGCGUAAGACAAUCAGCCAUGAGUGCUCUCAGUUCACUCCCGGACCAUAGUAACCAUUCAGAAUCUGGGUUUGCAAAUAAAAAUGUUUAAAUGCCAAAGUUU